UGUUGGUUUCCUUGAAUGCUAAGCCAUGAUAGAAUGCAACGGAAUAGACUAAGGUGCGAAAAUUUGUCAAAAAUUUUAUCAUCAUUUGGGAGGCAAGGCCAUGUGAUUCCUCAUAGCCUAUGUUUUUAAAGAUCUUCCAUUGGGGUUCUCUCUUCACCGCUCAAUCAGCCUGAGAUUGCCAACCAUAAAGCGUUUACUUCCUAUAAAUAUACAUUCCAUUGAUAGUCAUCCUGCAGUGCCAAAAGUCUUGCCGAGUUUUUCAAGUUCUACACAUACCUUUCUUCCAUCUAGUACUAGUAAUACAAUCUCAAUUCACAAAACCAUGGGUUUCCGCUUGCCAAGAUUUGUUAAUGCUAAGCCGAGUCUAAAACGGACUCUUUCAUCCUCAGAGACCACAAUGGUGCCCAAAGGCCAUUUCGCUGUUUAUGUUGGAGAAGAUGAAAAGAAGAGAUUUAUUGUCCCAAUUUCAUUCCUGAAGCAUCCGUCCUUCCAAAAUUUAUUGAGUCAAGCUGAAGAAGAGUAUGGAUUUAAUCAUCCUAUGGGUGCUCUGACGAUUCCCUGCAGCGAAGAAGCUUUCAUUGAUCUCACUUGCAGUCUGCAAAGCUCAUGA